AUGGCAAUGGUCCAUGUCAGGUCGUCCACCAAUGGUCUGACACUCAACCUGUCCAAUGCUUGGUGGUCUACCGACGAAGAUGUCUAUGCUUUGGUUACCGAGUAUUUCGCUCCCGAGCCUCAUGGCCGGUGGCAGGAUUUCCGUGUUGACCAGUCGCCGUCAGCAACCGCCAGCCCUUGGUUGGAGGUGCUUCCUUUGCUGCUAGACCGCAGUCGAAGCACCAGUCGAGGCGCUUCUCUGCUCUCUGCUUCACUCAAAACUCUAGGUUAUUCAAUCGCCUCCAAAGGGGGCAAUGGCUCCACGCGCUCGCAGUGGGAGAUUUCUCGCGCGGAGUAUUAUUCCAAGGCUGUGCAUUGCUUGAAGCAUGAUUUGAAUGAAGGUACCGGCGUGUGUGACGAGUCCGCUGCGGCGAUCAUGUGCUUAAGCAUGGCAGAGCAAGCUGUUGAUUCCCACCUCCAGAGACGGCUGGAUCGCUCAUGUUAG